AUGGAGUCAUCUCAAAUUCAAGCCCAUAAACCACAACCUCCCUCCACUUCAAUAACGUCAACCGAAUCCAUUGAAAUAUCCAUCCAAAAUCUCAUCAAAUCCUACAAAACAAGGCAAAAAUGGGAGUUUUUCUCGGGAUCAACCAAACAAUCUUCCAACAACAAACCCCCAUGGAGAAACCACUUAACAAGUUUUCUAGAAUCAACCCCAGUUCACAUAAUCGCCAUCAUAUUACUCCUUGCUGACCUUGUUAUGGUAGUUCUCGAACUCUCAAAAACUUUGGUUUCUUGCCCUAAGAGCAAAAGAAUAAACAAGAAAGUAGAUGUGUGGUACCACUGGGUAGGAAUUGGAAUCUUGGUGAUUCUUGCUACCAAAAGUGUGGCACUAGUGGUGGGGUGUGGGAGGUCAUUUUUUAAACGCCCGGGGUUGGUGGCCGAUGGCGUGGUUUUAAUUGGGGCGUUGGUCUGUGAGGUUUUGAUGGAAAGGGUGGGGAUGGGGUUGAUUGUUGUAGUGAGCUUGUGGCGGGUUUUGAGAGUUGUUGAGAGUGUCUUUGAGUUGAGUGAUGCUGCUAUUGAAGUGCAAAUAACGAGUAUAUUGUGUCAGUUUGAGUUGCUUAAAGAAGAAAAUGAAAAACUUAGAGGCAUUGUAAUCGAAAAGGAGAAGAUUAUAGAGCAAUUGCAAGAAGAACUUGAUAAUCGAGUUUAG